UUAGCUAACACAUUAUAAAUUGGAAACAAAAAGAAUCACAAAAAAAAAAAAAUAUCUUUCUUUCUUCCGCCAUGGCUUCAGAGGACAACGAGGUACUCGUCGAUCUCCAUCCCGUUUUCCGACUCUACAAAAAUGGCCGCAUAGAACGUUUCAACGAAAAUUUUAACAUGUUAUAUGUUCCUCCAUCGUUGGAAGAUCCAGCUACGGGGGUCUCCUCGAAAGAUAUUACCAUCUCAGCUCACGUUUCUGCGAGACUCUACCUUCCAAAAAAUACUAAUGUUUUUUGUAACGAAAAACUUCCUGUAUUAGUAUUUUAUCACGGUGGCGGACUUGUAGUUGGAUCUGCUUUUUUCAAUGACAUACAUUAUUUUCUGAAUCACCUGGUUUCUAAAUCUAAUGUGAUUUGUGUCUCACUAGAGUAUAGAUUAGCCCCAGAGAAUGAUUUGUCAAUAUUGUACGAAGAUUGCUGGACUGGGCUUCAAUGGGUUGCUAGUCAUCACAGUGAAAAUGACAACGGAUCUAGUAAUGCUAGUUAUAAAGACUCAUGGUUAACUAGCUAUGCUGAUUUUAACAGGGUGUUCAUUGGUGGAGAAAGCGCCGGAGGUAACAUAGCCUACCACAUGGCUAUGAGAGCUGGCAAAGAAAGUUUAAACGAAGUUAAAAUCUCGGGUUGUAUUCUUGCGUGUCCCUACUUUUUGAUGCAAGAUGAUAGUCUUGAUAUGGAGAAUAAUCCAGCUUACCAUAUUUGGAUCACCAUAUGUCAAAAGGAGUAUAAAUACUCGCCAAUUGAUAGUCCAAUGAUUAAUCCACUUGCUGAAAAGGCUCCAACUCUAUCGAGCCUAGGCUGCUCGCGGUUGUUUAUGGUUAUAGCUGAGAAAGAUGUAUUGGUUCCUCGAGAAAUUAUGAUUCAAUUUGUUGAUGGUGUCAAGAAAAGUGGAUGGAAUGGUGAAUUGGAGUUUCUUGAAGUUGAAGGUGAAGAACAUUGCUUCUUUGUAAAGAAUCCUGAGUUUGAGAAAGCUAAAGAUGUCAUAAAUCGUUUUGCUUCUUUCAUCCAACAUAAGUGAUCUUGAGUUUUAGUAAUGUCACAAAGCUAAACGUGCAAUGUGUUAUGAACCAAGUCCAGCCCAAUGUAGAUACUAAUGUCAUACAAGUUGUUAUUGGGCUGCCAAGAGUUAUUAGGCCGAGAAUGAACAAUAAGGCCAGGUUAAUUUGAGAUUCGGGUUGAGUGGGCAUGAAACGGUUCCGUAAAAAAGGAUAGUGAUAUGUGAUUUACACUUUGUUUGGUUUGUUGUUACCAUUAUUUCAUAAUGUAUUAGUAUUGUAUGGUAGAUACAACGUUUGGUUGGACUGUAUUGUUUGUUGUUUUUUAAUAACAUUUUAAUUGUUUGGUUUGA